AUGGCACUACGAUUAAAAAAGGACAUCAAGAAGGCCUCGUACUACGUGUGGUUUCUGGGUGCUCAAGAAUCGCGCGGACUUCGUGGCGAGGAAUUCGCUUUGCCAGCCAUAAGGCUUCUCGAGGAGCGAGCGAGGGACUUGGAGCCCUUUAAAGUUACCCUACAGGUCUCCCACAAAGGCCUGAAGAUCAUCCAGAAUGUGACGGCGAAGGGGAAGCAGCAAACUAUCAAACACUUCAUACCUCAUGGCAGCAUCACGAGCGCCGUGGUGCAGGGAGAUGUGGUGGCGUGCGUGCUACUGCUGUACAACCCUAUAACGGGCUGCCCCGUUCACGUCCACGCAUACAGAUGCGACUCCGACCACACCGCCGAGAUGCUGUACACGCACCUCCAGGCGCUGAUAGAGCGUCCCGAGAACCAGAAGAAGUUCGCCGACAUAGAGAGGAAGCUGCAGAUGCGGGGCGCUCUGCCCUCCAAGAAGCCGCCAGACUCCUCUCUCGGCAGCGAGGUCUCACGCGAGUCCGAUUCGGGGAGCACCGAGGAGAGGUGCGUCGCCAAUCUGUACGACAGCCUGGCGGCAGAGUUGAAACAGAAGCUUUCAACAGGUAAAAAGGGACUAGGAAAGAGUCCAAUUCUGCUACCACCGCGUGAUUACGACACGGUGCACCGCCAGAAGGGCAACCUCAGCAACAUCGACACGCGCCGCUGCCUCAACCAGAACAUCGUGGGUGUGAACGCCAGGCGCAAGCUGGAGUCAUCUGGUGGCAGCUCGGGUAUCGGCAGCGACUUGGCACCCUCGCCGGAGAGGAACGACUACACGCGGCAACACGACAACCACAGCACCAGCGAGGAAGACUGGGCGGAGAGUACGGCGUACUUAAUGCACGAGGCGUUCGACGCGUCGCCGCCCCGCAGGGCGCAGUCGCCUAGGCGCGCCUCCCCCCCGCGCUGUGCGUCGCCCCCGCGCCGCGCCCUCUCCCCACGCGCCUACGACCGCGCCCCCGCCUACAACGAGGAGUUCGCCGAGCCCUACCGCGACCAGCUCGCCCCCUUCAGGGACGCGACCUUCGAGCGCCGCUUCCGCCACGAGUCGCUCGAGCGCGUCGCCAAAGAGAAGCCGGACAAGUUCUUGGAGGAGACGCCCGGCUACAGGAGACGGUACGUGGCCGACGCGAAGCCCUCAAACCGUAGCAUCGACCGGGUGGAAGAGCGGCGCUUCGGGAAACUGCAACGCGGCGCAAGCGAGGGCAGCCUGAAGCUCGCCGAGACCUCACCCAAGGACCGCUUCAACGUCGCCAAGGAGAAGUUCAUGAAUCUGGAGCGGGAGAGGUUCAACCGGGAGUUGGAACAGCACAUGGCCAUGCGGAGGAGCAUGCUAGAGAGGAACAGUCGCUCGACCUCCUCCCCGGAGGAGGAGAGGCGGGACGAGCGUCAGGAGCGCCACCGCGACAUCAGCUCCCGCCGGGAGCCGGAGCGUUCGCACCGCGAUAUCGACCGCCCCAGGGAGCACAGGGAACCGGAGCGGCGCAAGGAUGUAGAGCGCGUGCGGGAUAUCGACACGACCGAUGUCGGGCACAGGGAGAUCGAGCGGCUCCCCCGCGUUGGCCGAAAGCGCGACGACCCCAAGCGCUACGAGUACGGGGCGGAGGAUUACCUCAGCAGGGUCGAGCCGAAGCCGCACAGGGACGAGUUCGACCGGUACCGGGAGCGGCGGGAGCUCGACCGGCGCAUCGACGAGGACGAGGUCAUCGAACCCGUGAUGGAGGACAGGCGGCGCGAGUGGACGGACAGGCAGCGCGCGUUCAGCCGCUCGCGGCUGCUCGACGAGCAGCGCCAGUCGUACGCUGACGGCGACAGGGACAGGUACUACGACAGGGAGUACAGGGAGUUCCGCGAGCUCGCCGACCGGCAGCCGACCAAGUUCCGCCACAGCUACGCGGAACCGAUACCCAGGGGCCGCUUGGGCACGGUUAGGCCGUAC